UAGUUAGUGAAAAACACACGCUGUGCUCUUUGUGCGGCUGACACAUCUGCUGAUUACUAACAAAGGGUAGAACGCUUCAUAAUGUAUAUUUUUUCUGCCAUGAUGUUUGUGUGGUGUUGAGUUGGUUGGAUACGUCUAUUAUAUGAUAAUGAGUGUUUGUUUGAUACGUAAACUUAAUGACAUUGGUUUGUGCUGCAGUUAGAGAGACAUAUCCAAUCAUUCCUCCUAUAGGAGUCCAGAUUCUAUCUGCAGCUAAUCGGUUCCAUGCUGUGACUGCGGAUGUCAGAGUAGCCGAGACAGCUAAAGCUGCUGAGUUCUUUCUCUCUGACGAGAUCAUCGUCACUAGAACAGCCACUGGAAUGCAGACAGAUCCAGAAGAGUUCAGAGAGGUUGUCCAGGCGGUAAGAAAUCUUACUCUGAUUGGCUCUGGUGUGAUUUGUGAGAAUGUGGAGCACUACCUAGGUGCAAGUGGAAAGACCAUUGGCUCAUACUUCAAGAAAGGAGGGUUUUGGUCAAGAGGCCAAGAGUUUAAUGGAAAAAAAAAUACAUAAGCUUAGAACAUGACUUGUUUGAUGGAUGAAAUCAUACUAAAAGUCCAUUGGAUUAUUGGAUUUUAAAUAGCUGUGUGGACUACAUAGUGCCUUUCACAACAGAGCAAGUCAGCCUGGCGGUUACUGUCAUGGAGUGAGUUCCAGAGUCUGGGUGCAUAAUUUGAAAAAGCUCUUAGGAGGCGCAAGCAGAGUUUUGGA